CAGUUUCUAGAAGCCCGUGGGGACAGUCCCCUUUGGUUACCUCCCUGUCUCCCAUCCCCGGCCCCUCCCUAGUGGCCACCACCGUUUCUGGAUGGGGUUGUUCCAGAUCGGCCUGCGGCAGCCAGCCUCCCUUGGUUCAUGAGCACAAGGAAAGGUGGUGUCUCUGUGGGUGCGCAGCCUGUACCACACCAGGUUUGCGUUUUGCUUAGCGUCUGCGUCUGAGACCUCCGGGAGGUGGGAGGAAGGCCUUCCUCAUCCUUCCCGACUGCUGCAGAGCCUUCCAGGUGGACGUGCCUCAGAUCCUGCUGAUGGGCAUGGGGUGCAUCUAGCGUUUUCCCUGCUCCAAGCCUGCCGCCAGUCUAGCGGACGUCUCUGUGCAAGUGGGCGAACACUUUUCUGGCCUGCUUAGCAGUGGGAUUACUGGGCCCAGCGUGGUGGCUCAGGAGGCUGGAUCCCAUAUGGCCAUCUGAGCAGUUUGAGUCCCGGACUGGGUGGUGUGGCUGUGUGUACUUGCCCAAAUCCAACAGGAGGAAGCUAUGGAGAAGACUGGUGUGACCAUGCCCCAUGGGGAGCUUUCUCACUUUCCAUCUCUCUGGCUCUCUCAGGGCAGCGCAGGAGCCCUCCAACAAAUUAAAAAAAAAAAAAAAAGACAAAACAAAAAAGUGGGAUUAGGGGUCUCAUGCUGACCCAACCAAACUGCCCUCAGAAAGGCUGUGCCCCUCAGGGACCCAGCUGCACUGAAGGAGUCCCUAUUCCGCGCACUGCCACCGGCACUGGGUGUUGUGGGGCAUGUCUGACUGUAGAGGGGGGUGGCAGGCCUGUCCCCAGGUAGUGGUUCGCAGUGUCACUUGCUGUAAGCUCAUUCAUUCUGUCGCCUGCCCCCACCGUGUCUUUCAGCCCGGCCGCCCCACGUCGGUCUCCGCCAUGAACGGGCCCACGCUGCAGCCGUCCUCGGCCUCCUCCGCGUCCUCGGCCUCCCCGGCUGCCGCGGCGGUGGCGUCCCCGGCCCCCCGGGGCUGGAGCGAGUUCUGCGAGCUGCACGCGGUGGCCGCGGCCCGGGAGCUGGCCCGCCAGUACUGGCUGGAUGCCUCUGGGAUAGCCCCUCAGAGCCCUUACGGCUCCCUCCCUAGGUACCUCUGGGCUGUGGCAGUUUCUGACUCCCCGUUUCUGAUGGCCGUGGCAGUGUCCAGGCGAUCUGAGGACUGUGAGGGCGGCCGAGGUCCUGGCUGGGGCCAGCAGGGAACCCGCUUGCUGGGCAGCUCUUGUACCUUCCCGCCCCUGGGCCUGGCCUCUUGCCUGCUCUUUGCCCACAAGGGAGCAGGAAUAAGGGGUAUCCUGCCUGCCCAGCCUGGAAUCCCCACUGGGAAGCUGGAGGGGCUGCGAUGGGAGGUACAGCCGUGCCCCACUGGUCUCAGAAACCAGAUGGCACACCUGCGGUCCCCCGGGCUGGAGUCCACAGGCUGGUCCCUCUGCCCCUGGCUUUCGCUCUACGUCCUUGCAAAACCAACUUGGAAGCCCCUGACAAUUCUUUGCAUCGUGGGCAUGGUCCUGUGUGGCCCUCUCGUGGUGAAGUCCAUGAGGGACUUCCCUGCAGGAUGGUGGGUCCAGGGACGAGCUAAAGGUAGGCAGAAGGUCCGUGAGGGAGAUCCAAAGCCCCCAGCUGUCCCUGUGGCCGCUGCCAUGGCCCCUUGGCCCCCAGCACGCUCUCCCCUGAUGCAGCUCAUCCAGGCACCCACUGGGGCUCCCACUCCACGGCUGCCGCCCGAGCUCUGCCCUCAACCCCCACGGCUGCCCCUGCUCUCAGAUGUUGACAGGUGCCUUUGGUCCUUGGCAGGCCUGGUUCAGACUGUGGCUCUGGGCUGGAGGCAGAGUUCAAAGCCCAAGCUACAAGCAAGCUGCUCCAGCAUCCGGGAGGCCCGGCGCUGCACACGCCUGGAAAUGCCCGACAACCUCCACACCUUUGUGCUGAAGGUGAAGGACCGCACAGACAUCAUCUUCGAGGUGGGAGACGAGCAGCAGCUGAACUCGUGGCUAGCGGAGCUCCAGGAGUACACAGGCCUCUCUCCACAGGCUGGGGGGCCCACCGACUCGGCGGAGACGCACAUUCCCUCAGGCCCAGGGCCCAGCACGGCCAGCUCCCCAAGGGGAAGCACGGAUUCCCUGAACCAAGGUGCUUCUCCUGGGGGGCUGCUGGAGCCCCCCUGCCAGAAGACGGACCACUUCUUGUCCUGCUACCCCUGGUUCCAUGGCCCCAUCUCCAGGGUGAAGGCAGCCCAGCUGGUGCAGCUGCAAGGCCCGGCUGCACACGGGGUGUUCCUGGUGCGGCAGAGCGAGAGCCGGCGCGGGGAGUAUGUGCUCACGUUCAACUUCCAGGGCAUAGCCAAGCACCUGCGCCUGUCGCUGAGUGAGCGUGGCCAGUGCCGCGUGCAGCACCUGCACUUCCCCUCGGUCCUGGACAUGCUGCGCCACUUCCAGCGUUCGCCCAUCCCACUCGAGUGCGGUGCGGCCUGCGACGUCCGCCUCUCCAGCUACGUGGUCGUCCUCUCCCAGGCAGCAGGUUCCUGCAGCACCGUCCUGUUUCCCUUCUCCCUCCCUCGCUGGGAUUCAGAGCUGGGCCUUCCCCACCUCAGCUCUUCCAGCUGUCCCCGGGGACUCGGCCCAGAGGCUCUCCCAGGCCGCGCCUCACCCCCAGAGCAGAUCUUCCACCUGGUGCCUUCGCCCGAGGAGCUGGCUGACAGCCUGCGGCGUCUGGAGCCGGAGCCUGCGAGUCGAGCCCAGGACUCGGACUAUGAGAUGGACUCGGCCUCGCGGGGCCACCUGCGGGCCAUAGACAAUCAGUACACGCCUCUCUGAGGGGCCUGGGGAGCAGCACACGCAGAGAUGUGGACUUGUGAAUGUAACGUCUUUCCUUCCUUCCAGAGAGAGGUUCAGGGGCACUGCACGGCACGUUCCAGUUGGGAUGUGACCCUCCUACUGGCCUGUUGAAGGGCCGCCUGUCAGUCUCCCCUGUCCCCUGGCUUCCUCCUUGUUUACAGAUGUCAUUCCUGUCGCAGACACACUGGCUCCUGUCCUGGGUCUCUGAGACCCCGCCCCAUCACUCCUGGCAGUGGAGGGGCUGAGGGUGGGAGCUGGCAGUGAAACUUGUCCUCUUCUCACUGACACUGUCACACACGAUGACAGACUUCCUACUGGGGGAGGGGCAUCAGGAAGCCCAAAACACUAACGAGCCCUGGAUCCUCCCGUGGCUUUCCCACUGCAGUUUGUGCACGUGGCAGGUCCUCGCGUCCGUGCCACUGGUGACCACACCUAAUCCUGCUUCUACUUCCAGCUUUGGGACAAAAGGUCUGUCAGAGGGACAAGCUAAAGGUCAAGACUAUUCUAAACAUUUUACCUCAGAUCAGUUUUUUAAAGGAUUCAGGUUUCAAAACUAAA